AGAACAGCUGUGCGCAGUGUUCAACACGUGUGUUUCCACUGUACACAUUGGUUCGAGUGGUGCGAGUGAUUGUCCGUUCUGCCAUGAUAUAGAGCUUUGUUAUUUGUUAACGGUGAUUGAGGGGUUCUAAUAGGGCAUCAUGGGGGUGCACGACAGCACAGACUCAAAGUACAAUGUUAUGGGGGGCAACAGUUUCUCGAAACUCACUCCGAAACGUCCGAAUACAGUGAAUUUCUUCAGUGAUGGGCCGCCCAACAAAAUUACGAAACACGAGGCGGCGGAGGGACAGCUCAAUGGGGUUGGGGAGGGGAGCAAAACCGGCGGCAAUAUUCAACAGCAGAGGAAGGCUCUACCUGUCUAUAAACACCGAAAAAAAUUACUCGAAGAAAUCCGUAAACACAGCAGCCUGAUAAUAAUCGGUGAAACAGGAAGUGGAAAAACCACGCAAAUCCCGCAGCUCCUCCUGGCCUCAGGGCUGGUGUCUCCCUCCGGUUGCAUAGGAGUGACCCAGCCCCGUCGGGUAGCGGCGGUGAGCAUCGCGCGUCGAGUGGCGCAAGAACAAGGGGUCCAAUUAGGCAAGCAAGUGGGCUACUGCGUCCGUUUCGAGGACGCAAGUACCCCCGACACGCGAAUAAAGUACCUAACCGACGGUAUGAUGGUGCGCGAAGCGAUGAGAGACGAGAAUCUCUCCGACUACUCCAUAAUAAUCCUGGACGAGGCGCACGAGCGUUCGGUCCAGACGGACGUGCUCCUGGGGGUGGCGCGUCGCGCCCAGAACCUUCGAAAGCUGAAGGGCCAGGCGCCGCUGAAGCUGAUCGUAAUGUCGGCGACGAUGGACGCGGACAAGUUCCGAAAGUACUUUCAGGCGCCCGUGAUCUACCUCGAGGGUAGACAGUACCCCGUGAACAUCUACCACACGACGCGAUGCCAGGACGACUACGCAUUCGCCUCGCUGGUGUCGGCCUUCAAAAUCCACCGCGAGGCGCCAGCAAACGAGGACAUUCUGGUGUUCCUCACUGGCCAGGAGGAGAUCGAGGCGGCUGUGAUGACAGCGAGACAAGUGGCCAAGCAAUUAGAGAAGACUAGCGAGGGCUAUCCCCCCCUCAAAGUAUUUCCAUUGUACUCAGCUCUGCCGACUCAUCAACAGCUGGAGGCGUUCAAGCCAUCGCCCCCGGGGAUGCGCAAACUUGUUCUAUCGACGAAUGUGGCCGAGACAUCGGUGACGAUAGGGGGAAUAAGACACGUAAUCGAUACGGGGGUCGUGAAAGUCAGGACACAUCAUCCAACGACGGGCCUCGACGUGCUGAGGGUUGAGAAGAUAUCGAGGGCUCAAGCCUGGCAGAGAACUGGCAGAGCCGGACGCGAGUGCCCAGGGAAGUGCUACAGGACGUACACUAAUGCCGACUUUGAGAGGAUGAAGGAGAUGCCUGUCCCCGAGAUCCAGAGGUGCUCGCUGGCUGGGGUUGCUCUGCAGCUGUUGGCCAUUGGGGUCGACAUCACGAGCUUCGAUUUCAUGGAUAAACCUCCGAAGGACGCCGUCGACGUCGCCGUGGGGUGUCUGGAGAAGCUGGGGGCCGUCAAGGGAUCACCCCCACAACUCACCACCAUGGGGAGGACUAUGGCGCUCUUCCCACUCGAUCCGCGGUUCACUAAAGUUCUUCUCGCGUCGGUGGAGCACAAGUGCCUCGAAGAAGCUUUGACCGUUGUGGCGGUGCUUUCGGGGGAGUCUGUGUUCACGGAACCACCGGCCAAGCGGGAACAGGCCCAGGCUGCCAGGGCGAGAUUCGCCUCCCCCGAGGGCGACCACGUGACCCUCCUCAACGUGUACCGAGGCUACACGGCCGCCGGCCAAAAAAAGCCCUGGUGUCACGACAAUUUUCUCCACCCCAGGAACUUGGAAUACGCCACGGAGGUACGUAAACAGCUCGCUGGAUUAGCAGAGAGGGCUAAUUUGGAGAGUGCAAGUUGUGGCAGUAACACCGAGUCAUUAAGAAAAUCAUUACUCGAGGGCCUCUCGGAUAAUCUCGCUGAACUGCAACGAGACAACACUUACCUGACGCUGAGCACGAGACAACCAGUUGCCAUUCAUCCGUCCUCUACUUUGCAUACAUUGAGGCCUCAGCUUGUUCUUUUUACCGAGGUUGUUGCCACUGGAAGGUGUUAUCUGAGGGAUCUAUCGGUCAUCGAGCCAUCGUGGAUUACCACUAAAUGAUGAUUGAAUCUGAAUUUCUGAUUAAAAUCGUUGAGUUGACAUUUUUUUACGGAAAAUCCUAGCGUUUUCUGCGGAUUUUUUGACCCGAUAAAAACACUUCAGACACUGAGUUUUUUUAUAUCGGUGAAUGAUUGAAAGUAAUGAGUUGCAGGCGAUUGAAAAUGGCGAAUGGUUUUAUAUCACUUCGUAUCAAUUUUUGUAUUUGUUAAAUAUAAGGAAAUUCAGGCCACGAAUCUACAGUUUUUGUACCAACGAAAUGAAAAUUGUUUAUAUCUCGAUUUUUCUAUAUAUCCGACGUUUUGGUAAUAAAAGUGACGGAAUAAAA